AUCCUAAUCCCUAGUAAAGUAUGAUUGACUGUCAAUCAAUGACAGUUACAUGAGAGUGAUAUCGUUUGAUUGUGCUAAAAAAGCGAUUUCUGUAGAUUAUUUCAAUUCGUUUAAUUUAUUCGGCUUUUCAAUAUUUAAAUGUGAAAAUGUCUAUUUGUCUGCGCACUUUUUCACAUAAAUUAUUUCCAAUAAAUGGAAUAGUUACAACAAAAAGCCACCAUACUCCUCUUUCUCGAAAAGUCACAGUGCGAAGUAAAUUUUUAAAAGAAUGGAUCACCAAGCGCCGUAUUUCUAGUUGUCAGCUUAUACCGAAAUGUGCAACAGAACACAGCAUUGACGAUAUUUACAUUAACGAAUUGCUUGCUUCAACUACCCAUGCACCGAUUUCUCAUGGACCUAAAUAUGCAAGUAAAGACAUGGACAUAGUAAACAAUAUAGAAAUAAAACCUUUAGACCUCACUAGUGAUGAUUAUAUUGAACAGAGGGCAAUAAUGAAUACAGUGAACCCAUACACAUGUAUGAACAACAUAGAUUUCACUAAAUAUAACAAUGAUGAAUUUGAGCCUACGUGCUUGUCAGAAUUUGAAAGUGAUGCAGUUGCACACUGCAAAACUUCUGUUGUCCCUUCUCCAGCUAAACCUGCUAAAGAAGUUGGUAAUCCUAGUGAUAAACCAAGUGAGGAACAACUUAUGAAAGUAUUUCAUGUACUCUCAGAAACUAUGCCAAACCUAUUUAUAAAACCCUUGGAUUAUUCAAUUUAUCAUCCAAAUAUGGUAUUUGUCAACAAUAUUAGAGGUACCACAACAGUGGGUUUGUUUCCUUAUGUGCGUCAAAUUGCAUUACUCAGAACAGUAGGCCAUAUUAAAUUUGCAUAUGUGAAAUUUGAAAUUAUGAAGAUAACUGCAAAUCCAGAAGAUUCAUCAGUAAAGCUUAGAUGGCGAAUUAAAGGAAUUUCUGGAUUAAAAGUAUUUUUCAUGUUUUGGAAAUACAAAUUGUGGAAUUUAAAAGAAGUAUUCCAAGAUCAAGAACUGUGGUAUGAUGGUUUUUCUACAUUCUAUGUGGGAGGCGAUGGCCUUGUACAUAAGCAUAUUGCUGAUAAGGUUAUGCCAGAUCAAGACACAAUUAUUGAUGAUGAAGAAAAGGCUCCAAUAGCUGCAAAGAUAGCCCUUCUCAUUGGAUUAUUGCCAAGAAAUUAUUUAUCUGAUGUUUCACCAUUCUUCAGUUCCUCCCCAGGCACUACCGAAACCACACCACUGCCCUUCAAAGUUUUAGAGUGAUCAUAAAUAAUAUAUCUUCUCUGUAAUGACAUAACUAAAAUAAUCUAGUUUGUGGUUACUGAAUUCUGUAGAUGUCAAUGUAAUUAGCAUUUACAUACUGCUAAAAACAUAAUAUAAUGAUGAAUAAAUCAUUAUUUUGUAUCCACCUCAACAACUUUAUUGCAUUGACCAAUAUUAUAUGUUUAAAAGCAACAUUAUCAAAGAUGAAUAUUGUGAUAUUUUAACAACAAUAGGUUAAAAUUCUACCUGGUAAAGUAUCUAAUGUUGGUUGAAAAUUAUUGUGACAAUUUUCAUUGUUAAAUAACAUAUUUAUAAUGGUUUAAUAAUGUUCUUAAUGCAAUAUUGCUUUUUUGGCUAUAUUUGUAGUGCUUGUUAGGUAUUUAUUUAUUUAGAUGUUAACAAAAAGGGUAAUAAAUUUAUAGUUGCAAAAAUUCACUUGCCAGAAUCUUUUCCUUCUUGCGGCAAUGGUUAUGCAAAUGUGAGAAAUUUUGCCUCUUUCACAAAUAAAAAAUGAAAUAUCGUUUAUUUUUAUAAUUAUUAACAGAUCAGAAAACCUAUUCAUUUAUUAGGUACAGUUAAGGUUACGAUUUCAGAUGU